UUGGAAGGAAUCCGAAAAGAUUCCUGCUAUUUGCGAUCCAACGACAACUAAGAAGCCCCAAUGCACGCGAACAUGACAUCCGAUAAAAGUGGUGGCGGAUCUUGGCGUCUGCCACCCGACGAAACGCUUCAGAUACAAGAUCCGAAGCAAAAAGAUCAAGACUUAGACCUAGAUGAGGGUCACAAUUGGCGAUCGAUAAUAUUUUCGCUGUUAGUGAUAAGUUUUGUUAUAGCCGGCAUUAUAACAGCCAUAUAUUUAUUAGGUUAUGUAGAUGAAUUACUUUAUUGGUCGGGAAGACGCAUGAUACUCGACGAGUAUCUGCAGGGAGACUUGACACCCACUCGUCUGCAGCCCUCAUGGGUUACCUCCAAGAAAUACGUUUUCCAAUCAGAUGAUGGUGGCCUCUCAGUAUUGGACACUGCCACAAAUAGGGUCAGUACGUUGGCAACUAAUCACACUCUCAGACAACUUAAUGUCCAGGGCUAUGAAUGCUCGAACGAUCUGCGAUAUGUACUAUUCAGACAUAAUGUUAAGAAGAUUUUCAAAAAAUCAUUUAAUGCAUUUUAUACAAUAUACGAUGUUGAUAACGAUCAUCACAUGCCUGUGAAAUUAAAAGACUCACCCAAAGUCCAGAGGACACGCCUACAGUAUGCAACCUGGCUGGGGAAUACCACCUCACUGAUAAUAGUUGCCGACAAUGACAUUUACAUAAGACAAUCACCGUCCGACGAGGAGGAUAUUCGAAUCACCUUUAAUGGCUACCAAAAUGUCUUUUACAACGGUGUACCCGAUUGGCUGUAUCAAGAGGAAAUAUUUAAUGAGCCCCAAGCCAUUUGGCCCUCUCAAGAUGGAACUUUUUUCAUGUAUGCCUCCUUCAAUGACACCAAUGUCGGUAUGAUGACGUAUCCUUGGCUAGCUUCGGGUGCAGUCAUAACUGGCAGUGGUGUUUCUGCGGGAAGUUCAUUUCCGGAAACGAAAAAUGUCCGUUAUCCAACGCCGGGUACACCCAAUCCCGAAGUGAAGCUGUGGAUAGUAAAUAUAACAAAUAUUACAGAUAUCCAACAUAUUCAGCUGAAGCCGCCUCCAUCGUUGGACGAACACGAUUACUACUUGACAUCAGCCGGCUGGGUGACUGACAGCAAUCGUCAAGUAUCGGUAGUUUACAUGAUGCGAUCACAAAAUUAUAGCGUAAUAUCUACAUGUUUUGCCGAUGAGAACUGGGAAUGUUCAGAGAUUCAUACAGAACGUGCACCUGAGGACGAAUGGCUGGAUAUACUUCCUCAUCCUGUCUUUUCUCCAGAUGGAAAUAGUUUCUUGAUAUUGGCCAGUGUUCAGGAAUCAGGAACUGAGCACUUUACUCACAUCAAACAUGUGACCAUAUCACAACAGAGGAUAUCAGUAAUAUCUCAUGGACGCUAUGAGGUAUUGAAAAUUCUUUGCUGGGAUACCGCCAAUCAUCUUGUAUACUAUUUGGGGACAAAAGACAAGAAGCCAGGACAGCGACAUUUAUAUACCGUCAGAGAUCCCGUCAACGAUGACAAUCGAAAAAUGGAACCCAAUUGUAUCACUUGCGAUUUGGGAGAAGCACUUUGGAGCAGUCGGUAUUAUUACUCGAAUUGCUCACAUUUUGAUGCCUUCCUGGCACCAAAAUCAUCCCUGGCCACGGCUGAGGGAAUUGCCUAUUACAUCCUGGACUGCCAGGGUCCCGGUUUGCCCGUAUCGGGCGUUCAUGCUUCCAAGACACAUAGUCUGGUGAAGGUCCUUUACGACACCAGACUCUUCUAUACAGAACGUUUAAAAAAGUUGGCCUUGCCCACACAAAGAUCAUUUGAAAUAUCCCUGCCACAUGGCAGCAGGGCGCAAGUGCAACUAUUGUUGCCACCCAGUUGGCGUGAAGAGCUGAGAGAUGCUGCCUUUCCCGUAGUUGUGGAAGUAAAUGGUAGACCUGGAUCAGAGUCAGUGUCUGAAAGAUUCAGAGUUGACUGGGGAACUUAUAUGUCAUCGCGCAAUGAUGUAAUUUAUAUACGCCUGGAUGUGCGAGGCGCCAAGGGCCAGAGCAAGAAGUCUCUUUAUCGCCGUCUAGGUGGUGUGGAAGUACAAGAUCAAAUUUCUGUCAUACGUUACCUCCUCGACACGAUAAGUUUUUUAGACGAAACGCGUGUUGGCAUUUGGGGCUGGGGUUAUGGUGGCUACGUAACAUCUAUGGUCCUAGGUACACAACAGGAUGUCUUCAAAUGUGGCAUAGCGAUAUCACCAAUUGCCGAUUGGCUGUAUUACAAUUCAGCAUUUACAGAACGAAUAUUGGGUCUUCCAGCAGAAAAUUACAAGGGAUAUGUGGAAGCCGAUGCUACCCAAAGGGCGCGUCUCAUCAAAUCGCAUUCGUUUUUUCUGAUACACGGCUUAGCCGAUUCUACAGCACCAUAUAUACAUGGGGUACAGCUGGCCAAGUCAUUAACCGAUGCCAAUGUUUUAUACAGAUAUCAGACAUACGCCGAUGAAGAUCACGAAUUGGAAGGUGUACUCGAACAUGUAUAUUCUUCGAUGGAACAUUAUUUUUCGGAAUGUUUGAGCUUAGAUCCAGACGAUACCAAACCAAAUCUGGAUCAAAUUGUUCCGGCCGAGUAAGCGUUUCAAUACGCUAAAGAACAAAUAAUGACAAAAAUCAAAUGAAAAGCCUUGU